AUGAAGAAUUUUGUGUGCAUGGAGAAUGGGCUGGUUUUGUCGGCGAUUGAUUCGAGGGACCCACCCGACGAUGACAGUUACGUUACAAACACACAGCACCGACCGGCCAACGACGUCACGCACCUGAGAAAGAAAGUAAUAGAAGGUAAACUCAAAAGGAAGAAGGGGAGGAAGAAGAUAAGAUCACAACGUAACACUUGA